AUGCCUCCAAGAAAGAAGAAAGUUACGAACCCCCCCAAAAAACAGACAGAGCCGCCGAUGCCGUCCCAGAGCCACAGACUGGGUAGAGGCUCCAAGUUUGGAAAACUGUUUCUGGGCCCGAACGAGAAGGCAGCGGGCUCAGGCCCGGUAUCCACUCCAAAGGGCAAGAAAACUACGGCUGUAUUUCCUGUUGAUUCUCCAGAACCUUCAAAAACCACACCGAAAACCAAGAAAGCAAGAAACUUUGGAGAUGAACCUGGGUCGCUCUCCAAGACGAAGCGUAGUGCUCUUCAACUCCAACCUGAUUUACCGCCUCCGGUCAAGAAAACCAAACAAUCAAAGUCAAAACCCAAAGCAUCAGUACCAAAAUAUGUUGAAGAGGCAGACGUUUCGGUGAUACCGAUUGAAUUUUCGCCGUUGAAGAAGAAGACUCCCGAGAAGGGAAGGAGAUCGUCUUUAGGAAAGAGAGGAAAACGGGUCUCAUCCAUCGGAAAUGGAUUUGUGGCUGUUCCACAUGAUGAUGUCUUGGUGGAAGACUUCUAUAAGCACUUUGAUGAGAGUUCACCGGAACCACACAAGAUGAGACAGUUGCUCACGUGGAACGCAAAACGGGUGAUGAGACAACACAGCACGCAACAUUUUGAUCCUCAGAUGUUUGACGCGUGGCAAAUUGCCACCCAGAUCAAGGAGAUGAUAAUACGGGACUUUGAAGAGGGGAAUAUUGAGACUAGCUGGCUGAAUAGGAGCGACGAGGGAUACUUGAAGAAAGUGAUGGAUACCACAAGACCCAUAAGGCUUUCGCCCAAUGAAGUUAAUGUUACAAACAGACGAAACAUGGACAUUCUUGAGUCCAAGAUGAGACUGCUGAGAGCAGAGGAAAAACAAUGGCAGGAGUCUAUGACUCAAAUAACGGCAAGCCUGGGUGCAUCGCCAGAGGUCGCUGACGUCAAGGCAUUGGUCCAACGUGAUGAAAUCAAAGAGCUGGAGCAAAGACUACCGUUCAACGUGGCUGAGCUGGUGGACGAAAGUGCGUUGAAAGAACAUGCUAUAGUAGUUCAAGAGGUCGACUCCAAGACUUCGGAACUGGUGUCAAGCUCCAUCGCCAAAUUCAAGGCGCUAACUCACCGUCUCAACUCGGUGAAUACGUCGGCAGACUGCUUUGCCGAAACGGAGACCAAGAAAAUGGAAAGCAUUUUGAAAGAGCAUUUUGGCAAGAAAGUUCCGGUGGAAAAUCUACUGAAGGGUAUAUCGCGGGUUCCGACGUGA